GAAAGCGAAAAUUGUCGCUCAUUUUUCGUUUUCUUAUUUUUUUAUUUUAAUGUUUUAUGAUAUCGGUAAAAAAAUGAGUGAAAAUUACGAAAAAUGAACGACAAUUUUCAUUUUCAGAAAUCAAUUCUACGCCUUAAAAUAUACAAAUUUACAAAGUUUGAAAAAAAUCUAAGAUGAGAACGUUGUACUGCAUAUUUACCUUUAUUUCCAAUAACUCGCUUUAUCAGCAUCAAUCGUUUACGUCUGUCGCAACAGCUACUGAUUUUUCCAAGAGAUCAGUCAUCGUUUUUGACGAUCUUUGACAAGCCAAAGAUGGACGAUCCAUCGGACGAACAGUUGUAUCACGAAAUUCGUUACUAAUAUCGAGAGCAAAUAUUGUCGAUCUUCAAGUAGCACGAUGACGUUUGAAAUGGCGUGAAAAAUCACUGAGUCUGGUCGAAAUCGUUGUCGGUAUCAUCGGUGUCAUCGUGCCCGCGGAAGUGAGCUGUUAUUCCCGUCAUCAGCGCAAUGCUUUUCACGAAUCUACCUGGGAUUAGAAAUGAUGGAAACCGUACGCGAUGCGGAAAGUAUCGCUAUGUAUCGACCCUUUGUCAGCGCAAUUCUAACGAAACGAGACAUUCUGCUGACAAAUCGUGAUUCAUCAGUCGACGAUACGUCCCUGAGAUUUGAGAGAUUUCCUUGUCCUGCCUAUAGCAUCUGCAGAGGAUCGAAUAAGUCUAAUCGUUUCAUGCACAACGAUGAUUCUGACCAACAGAUUACGAUGCUUCGCGAUUUAUUGCAACCGAUUAAAGAGACCGCGUUGAGAUUACGACAAUUAAUUGCGAAUAUUACAGAGGGACAACAGGGAAGUUUAGAAUCUUUAACGCGCCAUCGCGCAUUACAGCAGGCCGAGAAGAGCGAUCAACAAAAUGAUCCUGGGUCAGGACUAAUUAUUACGACCACAUCCAGCUCAGUUUGCGCGCUCUGUGGCACUGAACUUCAUCUGGAGCAUCCUUUGAAGGAACCGGGAUCACUGGCUCUCGAUGAAAAGAAGAUAAUCGACGAUCAUAGUCGAGAUCGCGAUAUUACAUCGAAAAACUUUAAUUGUGUGCUUUUGAGGAUGAUUCCGUAUGAAACCGCUUCUUCCGUUGAAAUGGAGAAAAGGAGCGAUCGUCUCUUGGUUGACAAAAGUGUUCCCGAUUACUCGCUUCCCAAGGGAAAUGGCAGCUAUAAUAUACAAAAAGAGGAAAAGAUCAUUUCGAAAAUUCAAACGGUUGAUACCAGAGACGACUUAAAGUCGAAGCUAUUGUUCACACGACAAUUUUCUUCCGCAGAAACAUCUCAGCAAGGGUCGCAAACAUUUAAUCGAAUGCUCUGUCCCUGCACGCGUGAGUCGCUUAUAACAAAUAGAACCGAAAAUGGAGUCUCUGUUGGGAAAAACGUGGCCGACGAUAUGCGGAAAGUAGAGGAGACAAAGAUACAAAAAAAGUUGAAAACUGACGAAAGUGCCGUACGUUGUAUAAAGGAGGAUGGAGCAGAUAAUCGGAUAAAUGAGGAAAUUACGCAACAGCAGCUACAAGCGCAGCUUGAGGAGUUGCAUAGAAAUAUUCGACACUUUCGGGAGGAGAACGAAUAUCUUCAAUAUCUUAUAGAAAGAUGUCGUUGUUCAUCGGAGAGAACAAAGAUUUCGUUGGAACCGCUGAUCAGAGCUACGUAUCAUGGUUUCACAACGGCAAUCGAAUUCUUACGGGAUAAAUAUCGUAACAGAAGCGAAAUAAUAAUCACAUUAAGUAAUACGUUUCGACAUUCGAUAAAUAUUCAACAAAUUAUCAACAGCCUGUUAACGCCGUUUGUAGAACGCUGACUGAUUAGAAUUUAACAAGUAGUCGAAUGCACCAU